CUUUCCAUACUCUGCACGGCAGGCGCACUUCGCUGAGCCGCUCCACCGCUCCUUCUCCGCCAGGAAACAGACACCGGUCCGCCACAUUUCUCUCCAGUGUUCGGGCAUGAAGGACAGCCACAGACAGCAGAAAGCGGCUCCGGACCGACAGAACCCCCCGGGGGAAGGAUUCGAGGUUUCCAUCCAGCAGCUGAACGACCUGCUGACGGACAGCAGCGGCUUCUACAGCUGGCCUACCAGACACUUCCAUGAGGUUUACCCAAGGAUCUACGUGGGCAAUGCGUUUGUGGCGAUGAACGUGAUGCGUCUGAAGCGUCAGGGCAUCACCCACAUCCUGAACGCCGCAGAGGGAAACUCCUUCAUGCACGUCAACACCAACGCUGAGUUCUACAGCGGCACAAACAUCACGUACCACGGCAUAGCAGCGAGCGACACCGACCACUUCGACAUCAGCGUUUACUUUGAGGAGGCGGCGGAGUUCAUCGAGAAGGCGCUGGCGUACAAAAAUGGAAAAGGUAAAGUGUACGUCCACUGCAGGGAGGGGUACAGUCGCUCGCCCACCUUAGUCAUCGCCUACCUGAUGCUGCGCCAGGGCAUGAACGUCCACACCGCCCUCGCCACGGUGCGCCACAAACGAGAGAUCGGACCCAACGACGGCUUCCUCCGGCAGCUCUGUCGACUCAACCAGAGGCUGGCUGCUGACGGAAAGCUCUGGAACAAAUGAGACGGACUGUCCGUAAGAGAGGUCAAGAGUAUGCUUUGUUUCAUGAGAGGAUCGUGGAAGUGUUUGUACAGUACAAAAUAACACACACAUUAUAACUCUGAGGAAUCCCUGUGGUGAUGAUUCGUGUAACGUUUGAACACAGGCGCGCUGCAUUUACUCUGUGUACCAUGAGAGCUCUGUCACCAUGAAUAAUCAGUAAGGGUAUUUCAUUUAGUAACGUCCUUUGGUGUGUCUUCCUGCAGCUCAUUACUCCAGAGAACAAUACAUUGGUGUAGAAAUGAUCCAGAACCCCCCCUGAUUAUUCUCUGCAAUAAUCACAAAUCACAUGGAAAAUCCCAUUGCUGCCUUCAGGGUCCCCACACAGAAAUAGGACACCCCUGCACCAAAGGAGGUGUAAUUUAGAUGGUGUAACUGGUCUCCACCUUCUCUCAUUCACUUCCUCCUGGCAUCCAGCCCUUUGUCCCGGCCUCUCUCCUGCAAUCACUGCCAAAUCUCUCAGCCAUUCCUGCAGGGGUCUGAGGUGGACGCUGGGAUUGUCCCUACUGAAUCAGAUUUCAGGGAGAUAGAGGAGGGUAUUGUUACGGUAUCUUUUGGUAACAUGCCUGGUAUGUUUUAGAAAAACGGCACAAUAUCUGACCAAUGAUACAGAGUGUAGAAUGUCUGGGUGGUGCUUUAACAGGAAUUCUUGACACCAUUUCAUACUGCAAAAUAAUGAUGUUAACAGUCAAAUGAAGCUGGUUGGAUGCAGCAAAGGGAACAAGGAACAGUUUGUCAUUUGAGGAAACCAUUUCUUGUUUUUAAUCAUGAUUCACUUUCUUCCAAAAGUGAGGGAGGACGUUGAUCCCUCUCUCAUGUCUGUGUAGAGCUUACACCACCAGCUUGUUAGCUUUGCUUAGCACAACGACUGUAAAACAACCAGCUUGCAGCAACUUUAAAUCUUUGAGGCUAAUUAUUUUUUAUUCCCUCUAAAACUUAAACAUGCUAACCCACCUUUCGAAUGAGAGAUAACCCUGUUUCUUUGUGCAGCCUCAUUAAUCAGGUUUACGACUGGGGUAUACACUCAAAAUAAAGCAGAUUUAGAUAAGAUUGAAAUCCAAUUAAUGCAUGAAAAUGUUGCUGAAUGACUGCUUCCUGAUGCUAAGUUGUAUAAAGUCUGUCCACAAAAAAACAACUUUUCAAAUGCCUGUUUUCUUAAUGCAGUUUGGUGCGAUUAAUGCUACGCUAACAAUUAUUCCCAGCUCAAAUUCAUGUCUUUUUGUGUCCUUUCAUGCAGGGUGCUUGUGACUUUGAGUCAGGUUGGCUGUUUUUAAGCUGUUUGUCUUUGUGCUAAGCUAGGCUAACAUGCUACUAGCUGUAGCUUCGUGUUUAUCUGUACGGGCAUGAGGGUAACAAUCUUCUCGUCUAACUUUCAGCAAUAAAGUUAAACAUUAUAUUUGCCCCAACAAGUUAAGCAACUUCCUCAUGCACCUCUCGACAUAUUUUAAGUUAAUCGCUCACCCAACAUUUGCAUGGUGACUCACACACACAUGCAUUGUAGUGAUAUGAACUGUGACUUUAAACCAAAUCAAUAAGAGAAACAAAGCCACUAAACCAUAGAUUGUAAUUCAAACACUGCCAGAAUGUGAAAUGCAUCUGCCAGGAACUUACACACUAUUGGGUAACUCCUCAGUCAACACCUUUUGCACAUUAGUGUGUUUAUAUGUUUGUGUUUCAGAGUAUAUGGAGUUUUAUAUUGUACAGCAGCAUGCUUUGUAAUAUAAGCCUGAGCCAAGAUGUUGUUUAUAUUCCUGUUAGCUCAGCGAUGUAGCCUAUGUCUAUAUUUAUUAGCGUGCAUUAUUGUGUGUGCAUCAUGUGUCACCAUGUGCUUUAUUGAGCUCGUGAAUCCUCUUGUGCAUUACUGAGUAGUGUGUGAUGUUGUUCCUGUCACUAGGCUUCCAUUGGGUCUCUCGGAUUCAGAACUGCUUCUAUGAAGUGCACUUUAUCUAAUGACACGGCUGAUUGUUGUCGCUCUCUCUGCAUAUUAUCAGUAAUAAACUGGCUA